AUGAUACUGAUAGUGUAUCUAGCCGAUAUAACGGAGGUACCUGUCAUUAUCCUGGUCAAUAAUCGCAGAAUCAGAGAUCCUCAGGGUCCAACCGGUGUUCCCUUUUUUGGGAAUUACUUCGACAUAUACCCUGACCAUGUCGGUAACUAUCGUCGCCUGUUUGGUACGUACGGACAGGUGAUCAAAGUUCGCAAUAUCGGCCGAGACUUUUACUUGACCAAUGAUCCAGAAGUAGCGAAGUUGGCUUUCAGGGACGGUGAAUACUUUACCAAAGCGCCAACGUCUCCGAACCAUCCUCUUCAUGGAAUCGAAGAUCCAACUGCACUCUUCCUUUGCGAUACUGAGUCUCCGGCUUGGAAAGAAGCACACAAGUUUCUUCCUCCGAGCAUGUCACCGAGGGCAAUGAGGCACCACCUGCCCAGCAUAGUAGAUGCCGUUACUUCAUCCUUUAAAGUCCUAGACCAGACGGAGACUCUUGGUCAAGCCUUCAAUGUGUUCAAGUACACAUGCAAGUUGGCUUCGCAAGUUUCUGCGAAGCUUGUGCUCGGCGUUGAUCUGAACCAGUUUGAUUCCUUGGAUACGCCAUUGCACCGAAUGAUGGAGCUUAUUGAACGUGCGGUCAAGUUGAAUACUCGCCUUCAGGUGCGGGGUAAACUGUAUUCAUACCUCCCAUUCGGAGAUUCGGCGCUCCUUCGACAAAGUUUGAAGGAGGCAUAUGGCUACAUCGAUCAGGCAAUCCAAGACUGUAUCGGUGAAGACACAACCAACCUCCCACUCCAAGUUGCGGCCACUGAUUCCACCUGCCUCGUGGAUUACUUGCUUCGCGCCACGGAUGGCUCUGGAAAGAAAAUGACAAGUCGAUACAUACGAGGCAACGUUCUGGUGCUUCUCGGUGCUGGUUUCAUCACUAGCUCAGCUUUCCUCUCAUGGCUUAUUUAUUCAUUCACCAUCUACCCAGGAGUGCAAGAGCGGCUGCUACAGGAGCUGAUCGACCACGGUGGCGCAGUGGAUAAGCACUGGAAGUAUGAGGAGCUGCAGGCGCUAACAUUCCUAGAUGCAUUCGUCAAGGAAACACAGCGCCUACACAGCCCGUCUUUUCAGCCAGCCCGCAACACACGCCAGGACAUCAUCCUGCCAGGUGCAUACCGUUUACCCGCAGGCGCUAUCCUCAUCCCUAGCCUACCCCACCUUCACACCAAUCCUGCCCACUGGGACGACCCAUACUGCUUUAAUCCCGAUCGCUGGACCACAGCCAGUGUGAAGGAGCGGCAUCGCUCUGCGUAUGUCCCUUUCGCUGCAGGCGCACGUGGUUGCAUUGGAUUCAAUGCAGCAUUGUUAGAGGCAAAGGUUACUGUUGCCGAGCUGGUCUACCGUUAUGCUUUUACAGAUGCGAGCGAGGAAGCAGUCGAAUAUGAUCCGGAAUUUAAUAACAUCAGACCGUCGAACUUUUAUGCACUGGCUGUGAAGAGAACGUCUUGGCCGGCGCCCAACCCAAGCGUUAGGUAG